GGGAAUAGUCAAAGAAGAAGAAGACAUAACUUUUGAAGAUGUCCAGGCGUCGUCAAAGUCAAGAAAGAAAGGUGUGAAGUCCAAAAACGAUCCCUCAUUUACGCUCAGUGAUGUCCGCUCUUCAAAGUCGCAAAACAAAGGCGUCAAGCGGAAGAAGAGAGAUGAUCCGGUUGAGGAUGAAGAAGACUACAACAUGAGUGGCAGCAAGUCAAAGAGAAUGGAGUUUAUCGGAUGGGGUUCGAAGCCACUCAUCGAUUUCCUGACAUCCAUAGGGGAAGAAACCGAACACGAAAUGGAACAGCAUGUCGUGGAGUCGGUGAUCCGAACUUACAUUCGUCGGGAAAACCUGCUUGACGCUGAGAACAAGAAGAGAGUUGUUUGUGACGAGAAGCUGUAUUCGAUCUUCAGGAGGAAGUAUGUGAAUCACAAGAGGAUUUAUACACUUUUGAAUCGUCACUUUAAAGAUAACGUUGAGCAGUUUGAGCAUCUCAAUCUCAUGGAGCUUGACUUGGCUGAGAGGAAGAAAAAUGGUUUAGUGCCGUGCAAGGAGCAGGAAACAGAAAGGGAGGCAGAUGAGGAAGUUCGUGAAGAGGAAGUGAAGCCUGAAAUGAGGCCAACCGGUUUAGCCGUAAUCAAUGCGGAGAAUAUAAAGCUGGUUUAUCUCCGGAAGAGCUUGAUCGUCGAGUUGCUGAAGCAGAAUGAGAGCUUCGAGGACAAAGUGGUGGGAAGCUUUGUGAAAGUGAGGAAUCACCCUCUGGAAUAUGUGGCGUACCAGAUCUCGCAGGUUACAGGCAUUAAAGCUGCUGAUGCCCAGAGUGUAGAAGUGAUUCUUUAUGUUGCUGGUGUGGAUUAUGAUGUUAGCAUUUCCAGGCUGGAGGAUUCUGACAUCAAAGAGGAUGAGAUUGAAGAUUUGAAGCAAAAAGUGGUGAAUGGCCUUCUGACACAGCCAACUCUUGUGGAGAUGGAGGAGAAGGCUGUGUCUCUCCAUGAGGAGAUAACAAAACAUUGGAUUACAAGGCAGCUUACCCUUCUGCAGAGCCGCAUCAACCAUGCUAAUGAGAAAGGAUGGAGAAAAGAAUAUCCUUUUUUUUAG